UUCAAGUCAGACAGGGCACUACAGCUCAUAUGAGAUAGCACCACACUUACAGAUUGUAUGGCAUUCGUUCCACAGCACUGAAAAACAAUAUCGAAAUUUCAUGAAUUUACAUAUGAUUAACUGAAGUGAUAAAAAAAAAACGGGUACACAUGCAAGCUUGAGAGAUUUUUCUGCCCUGUAAGCAAAAAGUAAGGACUUCUAAGGCCAAAAUGUCACCUGAAUCUACAGUAAAUGUGGAUAAGAUCAUACGGUCGCUGAAUCAAACUGGACGCUUUAAUAUUUUUCAAUACUUUCUCGUCAGUAUAAAUAAUUUAGCCGUUGCCAGCAAUGUCUUAGCUAUUGUUUUCAUCGGUGUUUAUCCGGAUUUUCAAUGUCGUCCGUACGAUAACAGCAGUGUUUGGCCAAAGGAGAUAGAAAAUUAUACGAAAUACGACUAUGCGGAUCGUAAACAUUGGAUUGAAUACGGAGAAUGUGCUGUGGACGUAGUGUCUGUGGAAAAUGAUACGAAAUCGAAAGUUCUUUCGUUGCCCUGCACAAAUGGCUACAUCUAUAAUGAGUCCAAGGAUAACUCGUUUGUAUCAGAGUGGGACCUGGUUUGUGAGAAGUCGGCAUUGGGACCAUUUACUCAAACGAUGCAAACCAUUGGAAUGACUCUUGGAGCGAUGCUAGUGCCAACCUUUGCAGACAGAUAUGGACGUAAACCUGUGAUAAUAAUUUGCCAGUUGUUACUAGGAGCAGCGUCUUUUGGUGUGAGGUUUUCACCGAAUUUUCAAAUAUUCACAGGUUUAAAAGUUUUUGUGGGAUUUUUUCAACAGGGUAUCGCAGUUCCUGCCCAAAACAUUGCCAUUGAAUUAUUUUCAACCGAACAUCGUGCAGUCAUUGCUACGUUAUAUGGAUUUAACUGGGUUACUGGUUGUUUUUUCCUGGUACUACAAGCUUACUUGUUUUCCUCUUAUGGAUGGAGGGCUACUGCUUUAUCUAUCGCAUGUAACAGCGUAGUUGUCAUCCUCAACAUCUUUUUCAUGGAAGAAUCCUUACGUUGGCUUUUCGCGAAAGGUUAUUUAGACAGAGCUGAGUCACUAAUCAAAAAGGCUGCCAAAACGAAUAAUCUAGAUUUUGACGCUAUCUGGAAUACCCACGUCGCAGGAGCUACCGAACUCAUACCUGUUCCGGAGAAAGAAGCUCCACCUGAAGAAAUUUCCCUGCAUUCCGAAACACCCAUUCCUGUUGUUCAUCAAGACAAUGAAAGCAGUUCGUUUAUCAAUGGCAACACAACAACAGCUCCUGAAUAUGAUGCAGAAUUUCAUGUAGAAAGAAGACUGUCAGUAAUGCCUGAAGACACAAGAGUUUGGGUAUUAUUUACCAAUCCCACGUUAUGUCUCAUCAUGUGCAUUAAUUUGUAUUGCUGGUUCAUAGCUUCGCUAUCAUAUUAUGGAUUGUAUCUUACAUCAGGAUCUUUGGAAGGAAGCCAUUACUUAAACUUCUUCCUUAAUUCUUUUUGCGAAAUGUUAGCAAUGAGCACGUUGUGGAAAGGUUUUGAAUGGUUCGGGCGAAAGAAGACUCUAAUAUUUCACUUUACAAUCGGAUCAUUAUCAUUGAUCGCUACUACUGUUUUAAAUAUCGUCCUAAGUAAAAACAGUAGCUUACGUAUACUGAUUUCAGUUGCCUCGUUUUUGGGUAUGUUUGGCAUCUCUGGGGCUUUUGCAGAUCUGUGGAGUUACCUGCCAGAAUUAAUACCUACUGAUCACAGGAACGCAGCACUUGGUUUGGCGUCAUCCGCUGCUCGUGUAGGCAGCGCCUUGUCACCGUUUUCAGCGUUUUUGGUUGAAAUAAUUCCCUGGGGACCUGCCGUCAUAUUUUCCUCCGGAUGUUUCAUCGCCAACCUACUUAUUCUCUUGUUACCAGAAAGUCGUGGCAGGCAGCUGCCCCAGACAAUCGCCGAUGUGGAAGGAUGGUUGAAGAAAGACAAAAAGAAGAAAAUUAAAAAUGUAGACGAAAUCAAGGCACUCACUAAGGAAUAGCCAAGCUGUUUUGUUUUACUCCAUUUUUUUUACAUUUACCUUGCAUCGGAUCAUACAAAAUGGAAAACGCACAAAGGUUUUCGUCCAUAUUAAAAUGGUUGGUUACAUAUUCCUAAAUAUGAAGGGUUUCUUCUUGUUAAUGAUAAAAUCUGUUCGGACACUUGGACAGAAAUAUUGUUCCCAACAGCUUUUUGCUUUGUUAUUAUUAUUAAGUUUAGAUGAUCGACAACAUCAGAUGUCUUAUAAUAAUAUGGGUCGCCUGCCAACAAUAACAACUACUACGGUUUCAGCAACAACAACUGCAACAAAAUGAAUAUAGCCAAGACACAAAAGAUUUAGAAACAAACAUACAAAUAUAUGUAUAUUCUUUUAUUCGUUUACUGGUUUCAUUCAUUUCACUGCGGUCAUGCUGGAGCACCGCCU